CGAACGCUUCAGCUUUAUAGCCCCUGUGACGCGUCUGAGUUUAACCUUAUGUCUGUGGUACAACACGGAAGAAGGUCUUCGCUGCAAUAAUUUGACACUUCUGCUUGUUCACUUCGAGUAACUACAUGUCUAUUCUUCCUCAAGAAGAAUUGGUCAAGAAAUGGGAAAGUGAACAGGCCAGCCUGAGGCAGCAGGUGGUGGAGGAGGACACAGAGGAUUGGCAGAGAUGUCCCGACUUCACCGGGCUGGAGAGGGUUGGAGGAGUGGACCUGUCGUUCAUCAAAGGAGAUGACGUCAACGCCUGUGCCCAACUAGUGGUGCUCAGCUACCCAGACCUAGAGCUGCUGUAUGAGGACAGUCAGAUGGUGACCCUGACCGCCCCCUACAUCUCAGGGUUCCUGGCCUUCAGGGAGACCCCCUAUCUGCUGGAGGCCCUGCAGCGCCUGGAGACGACCCAGCCCAGCCUGCUACCUCAGGUGGUCUUGGUGGAUGGGAAUGGUCUGUUCCACUACAGAGAGUUUGGCCUGGCGUGUCACCUGGGAGUUCUGUCAGGGCUUCCCUGUAUAGGUGUGGCCAAGAACCUCCUGCAGGUGCAGGGUGUGGAGAAGAACGAGAAACACCAGUCACAGAUUGCCUCAUUGCAGAAGGGAGGAGAGAGCUUCCCUCUGACUAGCGACUCAGGAAAAGUGCUGGGGAAGGCCCUGCGUAGUUCUGACAGCAGUACCAAACCAGUGUAUGUUUCAGUGGGCCACAAGAUCAGCCUGGACACGGCCCUGCGCCUCACACACUCAUGCUGCCGCUACCGUGUUCCAGAGCCUAUCAGACAGGCGGACAUGCGCUCCAGAGAGUACCUCCGUGUCCACUUCCCAACUGCUGCAGACACCUGAGCAUAGAGGAGAUUGGUAGGUGUUUCAGCAGACAGACACACAGAGGCUGCCAGCCCAGUACUGAGCCCUUAAUGUCCUUACAGAGGGUAUUCCACUUACUAGUGUGAUCCCAGGACAGCCUCUCUGCAGGGGGAGGUGUGGGAGGUGAGUCAGUGGAACCACCCACCUGGGGUUGAGCAACGAAGGAGGGAGGAAUGAAGGUCGGGAAGAAAAAGGGGUGUGAGGCAGUGGCUGUUUGUGCCGUUCAAGAUUAGGGAGAGGAUGUUGGUGCACAGGUUGGAGAGACAAAUUUGAGUAAUUAAUGCGGCAGACAGUGACUAAUUUAAUACCACCGUGCACACUCUUGCCUGCAUCUACCUGAUAAGGGGUGUAAUCAUUAGUCCAAACAGUUUGCAACUUAAACAAUAGUUUCUUUUGGACAAAUGUAGGUAGGUCCCUCCC